CCCACAUGCUAGCCUCCUUGUUGACAGUGGUGCUAGUGGAUGUGAUGCGGGUGUUGCUGAUGUGAUGUAGUUUCUCUUUUCAUUUUCGUAGCAUCAUUGCUGCUAGCCGACUACCAUUGCACAUCUCGAUAUGUUGUAAAGGUAAAUCCUCUAACCUUACUUCGAAACGGGUCGUGGGAACAUAAAGGUGAGAUCCUAACGGACACUUAUGAUAUUAUCUGCGUGUUAUUUAAAGUCGUCACUGUGUUCAGCCAGCGAAAGGCUCAUGACGUAAGGCUAACGUGCUAGCAGUGAGCGUGCCCCGUAUCAGCCUUAUUUUCUACACUAAUCUACGUGAAGAGGGUCCGGUCAUGUGGUUGGAACCCUGAGGUCCACUAACGAUACAGCGACAUGUGAAAGAGGCAUUUGUCGGUAACUUAACGGCAACUGACAGUAACGCGAACGUUAACGUUAGUUAUCAACGACCUGCGUCUGCGCAGAAAUGAACACGCCGCUCGGACGGAACGGGUUAAUCGGGCUUGCUGUGGGGGCUACAGCGGGCUUGGGCUUGGUUGCCUUCAUCAUUUACAGAGAGGUCAGCAGGAGAAGAUGCCAGAGAGUGGUGCUGGAGGCCCAGCCUGCUCCCCGGCUGUUCGAGGCGGCGGAUGGAGCAGCGCUGCUGCGGGAGACGCUGGAGGCACAGGAGGUGGAGGCCCAGCAGCAGGCUCUGGCAGCAGUGGAGGCAGUGGUGCAGGGCCUGUCCCCAGAGCAGCAGCUGGAGCUCAGGAACCAGCUGGACCAGGUGCUGAGCUGCGUGUCCUCGCUGCGCGUGGAGGUAGCUGAGCUGAGAGGCGGCCUGCAGGACAUCGCCGUGCAGAUCAUCCAGGAUGUCAAAAAGGGAGUGGAGGACAAUCAGCGGGUACGGCGGCGGCGCCACGUCGUCCACAGGGAGCGUACCGACUCCACCGGCUCCAGCUCCAUCUACUUCACUGCCAGCCAGGGCGUGGCCAGCACCUUUGAAGAGACCAGCGAAGGAGGGUACUCGACGGCCUAUGCUGAGUCGGACUACACAGACCGGGACACAGACAGAGAGGAAGGUGAACGGGAGCCUGAACACGAGUCUGAGGAAGAGGAGGACAGGAGCUGUGCCACUGUGCUCACCCUCCGCCAGGAAGACUCCCAGGAAGAAGAGGUGGAGGAGAGAGGGCUGGAGGAGGAGGAUGAGGAGGAGGAGGAGGAGGAGGGGGGGAGGAGGCUGCAUCUGUUGACUGAAGUUCCCAGCGGGGAGCUGGCCCUCCUCCUGGCUCAGAGUGACAUCCUCCACACAGGAGACGCUAGCUUAAAGGCAGAAGGCUUUCGCCUGCUGCUGGACAACAGAGCAGAGUAUGGAGACAGCAGGGAGUUUCUAUGGCGACUGGCUCGGGCUUACAGUGAUAUGUACGAGUCCACUGAGGACAAACAGGAGAAGAAGACCUAUGCGCAGCAAGGGCGAGAGGAGGCGGAGUUGGCCCUGAAGAAGAACGGCCUGAAUGCUGAGUGUCACAAAUGGUUUGCUGUGCUGACGGGACUGACCUCCCAGCAUGAGAGCAUGCACAGCAGACUGAAGAGCAGCCACAUAUUAAAGGAGCAUCUGGACCGUGCACUCGCCCUCAGAGACGAUGACCCUGUGUGUUUCUACCUGCUCGGCAGAUGGUGCUACGAGGUAGCCUCUCUGGACUGGUUGGAGAAGAAAGCGGCUGCUGCCCUCUACCGGAGCCCCCCCACCUCCACCCUGCACGAUGCCCUGGAGAACUUCCUCAAGGCAGAAGAACUCAGUCCAGGUUUCUCCAGGACAGUGAGACUGUACAUCGCAAAGUGUCACAAGGACCUGGGAAACAUCUCUGAAGCCACCAACUGGACUGAGCUGGCUCUGAAGAUGCCCACAAACACUCAUGAUGAUGAAGAGACGUCUAAACUGGAGGCUCAGCUUCUAGUCUUAACUGGCAGAAAAAUCUGAAGACUUUUUCCUCCUGAGAUCCAGCCUGGCACCAAGUGGCGAGUGGGGCCGCGCCGCUUCGUUGGUGGAUUUCUUUGUAUACUGUCACUGUGAAAUAAUCUGGAGUUUAUUGAUGUAUAUUUAUUUUCUGCUAACUUUAAUAUGGCUUUAUUGAGUAAUAUGCAGUCUAUUGAAAUGUUUGUGUUUUCAUAUUUCCUCCCUUCCCUCUAGUGGAAUCUAGUCAUGCAGGUGGUUUAGCUUGUCAAGAGACCGAUAACAGAGCUGAAUCAUUUCUACUUCUUCAACCUUUGUUCAGAUGGAUUUUUGGAAGAGGACUAAUGAGUCUGAGGUUGCAACAUAGGGACUAACAGGAGUGCAGACAUUUCUCAGGUUCAGAGGGGAGGACGUUCCCCCAGCAGUGAACGAUCUGAAACAGAGCUGCUGAUCAGCCUCAUCAGGGAUCUUUUUAGAGCUUUAGGGGAAAGAGCAACUUCGGGAGUCACUACAACUAAUAAAUCUGAUGAACUACACCCUUUAUUGCUGGGUCCAUCUCAGUGUUUAGUGGAGACGCUUCACUGAUGUAGAGAACACUGUUUUCUUACAAUGUGUGCAGUUAAGACCCCAGUAUACGGUGCAGUACAGCAGCUGUGCACGGCCUGUCUGACUGUUCUCAGUGGACCAGGACAGCGUCUUCAUGCUUUGGUUUGCGUGGUUUUGCAGUCCUUUUAUGUUUUGAAGUGGAAGUAGAGCUGCAGUAUGUCAGCGGAGUGUUACUUUGUGAUUUGUCAGCGAGUGUUACUUUGUGUUUUCUACUUUUAAUUUAUUGUUGAUGAGGCUCAUGCUGCAGACAGUGGACAUCAUGUUAAACCUCAAUAUUCUGAUCCCAUGAUGAAGAGUGAAUAUGCACUUAACUGACAAAUGGAUAACAUUGAAUAAAUUUCUUUUUUGAUUUUUCUGGUAAA